AUGGCUUCAUCAUUCAAGACCGAUGGAAACGAGUUGGCGAAGAGAGGGUGUACACCGUUGGUUAUACACGGUGGAGACCAGCAACAGGUAAACAGUGCGAGGUUCGGCCGCGUUAGAGCGCUCGACAGCGGGCUGUCUGAGUGCCUCGGGGCCGAGCCCCGGGAGUGGGGUGAGGCAAACCUUGUCUACCAGCAUCUGCGCCUCCGCACACCGCGAAGGCGCUCAAUUGGAGGUGCGGCCACGGCCGGGGCAGGCGGCAAUACGCGGGCAGGUAAAAGGAAGAAAAGAAAAGGCCGGGGCAAGGCCGGGAAGAAGCAGAAGCAGAAGAAGCCGGAAGUAGACAUCCUCAGCCCGGCAGCCAUGUUGAACCUAUACUACAUCGCUCACAAUGUUGCCGACUGCCUGUAUCUGCGUGGCUUCCCUUGGCCAGGCGCUCCCAAAGGGAAAAGGGGGAAAAAAUAAGAUUUAGGUGGUAGAAUUCAAAGCAUGCCUUGGUCUCAAAGAACAGAAAGUAGGAGAAUGCAUUUAGGGUACCUCAAGGACUGCGGGCAAGCGGGCUCUAACAGCCAAGUAGAAACAUGUAGCCACUGUACUUUUCUGUGGUAAAUAAUGACAAACAUUUUUAUUUCCACAGCUGAGCCAGGCAAUAGGUAAGCCACUUUGUUUUUUCAGAAGUAACCAGGAAAACCAAACCCAAGUAGUUCAUAAAGGCUACCCUGGCAUUGGUAGUGUUUUUUUUAAAUAUUAUACUCAUAAAUCUAGACUGAAUUAAACCUUGUUCUCAGAAGGCA